UAAAUUUGGUGAAAAAUGCGAACGGCGAACGUCAAACGGCGCUUUAUUUCUUCUCCCUCAAAAUUGGGUCUGCCAGUGAGUGAGCGCGAGCGAGCACCAAAACAAUGAACUCGAGCCCGGCUUACAGUAACGGCUACCACCCACAGCAACAGCAGCACGGAAUGAGCCAGAGGGAUAAAGUCCGCCGGGGAACACGUGCCAGGUCACGUGAGCACAGAGAGAGCUUUGGUAGUGGUGGUAAUUUUGGCGGGCUUAGGGUUUCUGAGCAUAAUAAGCAGCAGCAACAACAACAACAACAAGGAGCGCCUUGUACCGACUUCGACAUGGCCUAUUUCCACUCCUACGCCCACGUUGGCAUCCACGAAGAAAUGAUUAAGGAUCGUGUACGCACUGAAACUUAUAGGACGGCAAUCAUGCAGCACCAGAGUUCUAUAGCAGGCAAAGUUGUAGUGGAUGUUGGCUGUGGUACAGGCAUUCUUUCUAUAUUUUGUGCUCAGGCCGGUGCAAAACGUGUAUAUGCUGUUGAUGCAAGUGACAUUGCAGUGCAGGCAAAUGAAGUUGUGAAAGCAAACAAUCUAUCUGAAACAAUCAUUGUACUACAUGGGCGAGUUGAGGAUGUUGAUAUUGAUGAAGAGGUUGAUGUCAUAAUUUCAGAGUGGAUGGGCUACAUGCUUCUGUAUGAGAGUAUGCUGGGAAGUGUCAUCACGGCAAGAGAUCGCUGGCUAAAACCUGGAGGUCUAAUACUUCCUUCAAGUGCAACGUUGUACAUGGCACCCAUCACACAUUCUGAUAGAUACAGUGAAAGCAUUGAUUUCUGGCGCAAUGUUUAUGGAAUUGAUAUGUCUGCCAUGUUACCAUUGGCAAAACAGUGUGCGUUUGAAGAGCCAUGUGUUGAGACAAUCGUGGGUGAGAAUGUUUUGACAUGGCCACAUGUGGUUAAGCAAGUGGACUGCCAUACAAUUACACUUCAUGAGUUAGAAUCUGUUACAACAAACUAUAAAUUCAAAUCAAUGAUGCGAGCUCCACUACAUGGGUUUGCGUUUUGGUUUGAUGUCGAAUUCAGUGGGCCUGCAUUAGCUGGUACAAAUAAUCAUGCACCAUCCUCACUUAUUAGCAAUCAUCCAGUGGAUGGUCAGCAGAGGAAGAAACGAGCAAAUCCCAAUGAAGCGCUGGUUCUGUCCACUGCACCUGAGGACCCCCCAACGCAUUGGCAACAGACUGUGCUAUACUUUUAUGACCCAAUAGAGGUGGAGCAAGAUCAACUCAUUGAAGGUUCUGUAACACUAUCACAAAGCAAAGAAAACCGUCGAUUUAUGAAUAUCCACCUUGAAUAUGCCUCAGGUGGAAGAUCCUUUGUAAAAGAGUCCGUAAUGAGGUGAUUCUACUAAUAACUUCCUGUGUGGUUAUUUCAAGGGAAGCAUGGACAAGUCAUUACAUUGCUUAACCUGUGCCCUUCUUGCUGCCCCAAACUCUCUGCAGACCUGGCUUCUCUGCAGAACUUUCUGGGUGACCUUGCGAUAACUUUUCCUUACAAUUGAAGAAAGAUUACUUAAUAGAGAGAGAUAGGCGAAUUGAUUUAGGAAAGAUGUGAUGUUAACCCUGUUUGUGCUUUAAGAAUGUUAAUGUGGAGUUAGUAUAUUGUUGAGGUUGAAUUAGAAUUGAGAUUUGAGAUUGAGACGGAUAUAAGUUGUGACAAGAGGGGGUCAUGUACUUGUGACAUUGUCAAGUUAUUUGCGAUUUCUAGUGUGCAAUGGUGUACUAACCCUGACCUCACCAGUAACUAAAAUUUUGUGAGUGGAAUCAUCUGUAGCAACUUACAAUUAUGCACCAUUUGUUCUAUUCUAUUGAUAUUAAGAUUUUGGAAGUUGAUGUUCA